AUGGUCUUUUGCCAGGAAAAGCUGCACAUGCGAAACAUUGCAAUAAACUACAGCAGCCGCUGCAAAGUGUGCGUCGUAAGAGAUAAGGUGUUCGUCCCGAUGGCGUUCAUAGACGGCCAAUACAUCCGCACGGGCACAGCGCGGGGUAACUGCCUUUCUCUGCAACCUAAUGUGAGCCUUUGGCAGAAUGAACUGGUGCAACAGCCGUGUAACGGCAAGGACAAGCUACAGAGGUUUGCCUUCAUGCAUAUCGCUGGGGGUACCUUCCGAAUCAGCCCGAGCUGGAAAAGGGAUGUAUGUCUGGCAGCGGGCGAUAUUGAAUGGGGCGGCGCUCGCCUGGUGCUGCAACCUUGCUCUGGAGGGGUAAGCAUCUCGCAGGAAUUCUUCUUUCACCCGCUCACAGGCCGAUGGUGGAUGAUCGGGGGACGUUACCGUCCUGGUGACUGCUUGAAUGUGGUCGACGGGUCGCCCGAUGCCGGCAAGCUUGUGCGGCUCUACAGCUGCAGCGGAAACAGUGCACAACGCUUUAUCCUGCCAAAAUUCAAGCCGGUGACACUACCCAUCAAUUGUCACACGUGCCGUGCUAGCUACCGGCCUGUACGGAUGCAGGGGGGGCCCGCCCUUUUUCCGGCUUCGAGGAAGCCGACACCCGACUUGUUGAAUUUUUUGAUAAACGUUACUUCAUAUUGUUUAAAGGACUGGGUAUUCAGUAUUAAGUGCAUCGGGUGCAGCUUAUCAGUGACAUGGUGCUAA